AUGAGUUAUGUGUUGAAGACCUUAUCCUCGACAUCGAUAACUGUUGUCAGAUGUAGAUCUACCUUUUACCAACCUCGGAAGACAGCCUUUCAGUUGCCUAAAUUUGCCAGGUUAGUUCUUUUCUUUUUUUUAUCUUCUGUCUUUAGGAAGUUUCUUUACAGGUAUCCGAAAGUACCUUUUUUGAUACCAGUGGGACUAAUCGUAGGUAUUAUGCUUAUGCCAGUGUACGAAGGGUUUCGUGUAUCUCGUGUGCUAGAUAAGGAAGACUACUUGGACUACAAGACACAGAACGAUGCUAUGAUUAGGGAUCGAGCUAAAUAUGGUAAAUUCACCUAUUUUUUGGUGUGGAUUGAGUUUCUAUAAUGCUAUUUUUACUUAAAUUUUCUUAUCAAAAUUGAUCAUGGAAAAAUAUCUAUUUUCUAUUCAAGAUUUUAAGAGUUUGAAAUUUAAUAUCAGUGUUUUAAAUAAUGUGAGACUUAUUGUAAGUACAGUUAACUUUCACUGGGUCUUUGAUGACAACAAACGUUCUUUUUUGCAAAACAAAUUUUUGUGAAACUUGCAGUUUAAUACUACAUAAUGAAGCUGCAGUUAAAAAUUAUGUUUAUAACGAACGAGCUUUUAAACGUUGGCUAAUCAUUAGAAGUGUAAUUGGUACUCUCAAUAAAAGCUUUAAAGUUUUAUUUUUGGUUACAUAGCUAUUUUACUAGGUUUUUAUUUAGUCAAAGGAGUUUCUGCUUAUAUUUUUCGGUAAAACUGUGAUAAUGACGUUUUAAAAAUAAAGCAUAAGAAACUGUUAGAUUAUUACUAAUUAACUGAUUUUAUAGGCACGAACUUGUAUAUCCCGUUCCUCAACAGUAAAAAAAGGGACGAAGACCUUUUGGAGUUCUACAAGAAACGAACACAGGAACGCCGAGCUCUGAAGAAGGCCAUGGCGUCUGAAUCUCAAUAG